CAGUCUCGUCUAGAGAGUCAAUGCUUCCUAGUUUUUUUCCUUUCUAGGUCUUGACUAGAAGUCUCUAAUUAAGGUAGGACAGAUUCAAUCAAUUCUAAUAGACUGCUGCUUAGACAACUAAUAAUAUGACAAAAUGGUACCAUAUCUAAUUUAUCAUCUACGUAUGGGCCCUGUCAGAUUCUCACAUCCUUAUCUAUCUUAGCUUGUUGACAUUGACAAUUGUGCUUAGCAACUCAUGUAGAACCUAUGUUGCUCGGACUCUUCGAAAAUGUCAACGGGUGCGUGUUGGAUUCGCCAAAAGUAGUGUAUUUUUGGAGAAUCGACAUGGAUGCGGCAUUAAAAGUGAAUAGUCCGUGCAACUAAAUGUGGGAGACCAAUAUAGUGAUCUUGUAAAUGCCUAAGUCAGAUAUUAGCCCAUGCCUUCCCUUUUCUGGUCUUAUAAAAUGUGAAGUUGAGAGAACUAAUUCUCAACUUAAACAAUUCCCUUCUCUCAAUCUCCAAAGAAAUGGAUGUCCUUGAACUUUCUCUCCCUCUCUUGAUUAUCAUCAUGUGUUUUACAUGGUGGUACCUUAGUAAUAGAUGGUGGAGAUUAAGCUCAGUGCCAACAAAUUGGCCUCUUGUUGGAAUGUUGCCUGGGCUUAUUCGAAAUGCUCAUCGUGUCCAUGAAUUUGCAACUGAUGUUCUUGUGGAAACUAAGGGAACUUUUGAGUUUUAUGGUCCUGUUUUUGCCAACUUGAACAUGUUAGCUACUAGUGAUCCUGCAAAUAUCCAUCAUAUCCUUAGUAAAAAUUUCUCAAACUAUCCAAAGGGUGUUGAGUUUCGUAAAAUUUUCGAUAGAUUAGGAAAUGGGAUCUUCAAUGUUGAUUAUGAGCUAUGGGAGAUUCAUAGGAAAACCACCAUGUCCUUAAUGAGUCAUGCCAAGUUCCAAACUUUUCUAGAGAGGAACAUGUGGGACAUUAUCGAAAAUGCGCUCCGACCUAUUCUUGAUACUUUUGCUGAACAGGACACCCUGUUUGAUUUGCAAGAUAUUUUCCAGAGAUUCACUUUUGAUGCUAUCAGCAAAUUGUUACUUGACUAUGAUCCCAAAAGUUUGUCUAUUGAUUUACCUCAUGUGUCAUGUGAAAAGGCGUUCAACGACGUUGUGGAUGCACUUAUGUACAGACACAUCUUGCCAGAAGGCUGCUGGAAAUUGCAAAAAUGGCUUCGAAUUGGUAAAGAAAAGAAGCUCAUUCAAGCAUGGGAAGCUUUUGAUCAGUUCUUAUAUCCUUGCAUUUCGCGGAAACAAGAAGAGCUGAUGCAUAAUAGUUCAAUCAAAGACGAGGAAUUUACGUUUUUAAACGCGUACAUCAAAAUGUACAAUCAAUGGAAAGAUGGUGAUUUGGGUACAUUGCAAACAUUUCUUAGGGACACUUUCUUGAAUUUGAUGUUUGCUGGUAGAGACACCACAAGUGCAGCUCUCACUUGGUUUUUCUGGCUCUUAACUAAAAAUCCCUUAGUAGAGAAAAGGAUUAGAGAAGAGAUUCAACAAAAACUCAAUCUCAAAGAGGGCGAAAAUCUCAAGUUUUUCGCAAUAGAAGAAGCAAGAAAACUAGUCUAUCUACAUGGUGCUUUGUGUGAAACCCUGAGGUUGUUUCCGUCAGUUGCAAUUGAGCAUAAACUUCCACUUGAAUUUGACAUUCUUCCGAGCGGUCACCAUGUUAGUCCAAACACAAGAGUUGUGCUAUCGUUCUAUACAAUGGGGAGAAUGGAAAGUAUAUGGGGAAAAGAUUGCCUAGAAUUCAAGCCAGAAAGAUGGAUUUCUGAACGUGGAGGGAUCAAACAUGAGCCAUCUUUCAAAUUCCCGGCCUUUAAUGCAGGUCCAAGGACUUGUAUAGGUAAGGAAAUGGCAUCCAUUCAAAUGAAAAUAGUGGCAGCUACCAUCAUAUACAAUUAUCAUAUCCAAUUAGGGGAAGAUCAAAUAAUUUCUCCAAAUGCUUCUAUUAUCAUUCAAAUGAAACAUGGUCUGAAAGUAAGGCUUUUCAAAAGGGUUCCUCUUAUGUCCAAUGCAUGAACAAUUCUAGAAUAUUGAUGUAUCUAGGAUCUUAUGUAAGCAGUGUCGAUAUAAUUACUAUAUCAUGAUUGUGCAUCUUAGUAUACUGCAUUCAAGUGCAUCAAUAAAAUCGUCCUCAUGAGUUAGUUUUUAUUAUGUUAUAAACGCAUCAUCAUAGUCUUGUGUUCUUUUUUUUCAAUUAAUGUGAACUCUUGUUAUUAUAUAUCGAAAUGUUGGAUGACAUCCCUUGCAUGGUUAUGGCCCCUAUGUGAUGUUCAAUGUUUUAGUAAAUAUUUCGAAAAUCUGAA